UAACAACAAAUCUAAGGCUAUUGUUCGUUUUAUUUUAGUUGAAUGCUGUAGUUAUGAAUUUUAUUAUUUUAUCUAAGAUGUUUUGUGGCAUCUAGUGUUCUGUUAUUAUUCUCCACCAGGGCAUUUUUGCUUCCUAACUGAACAACAGGUGUAGCUGACAUUUGCUAGCUAGUUAGCUACCUGCUGACGUACCUUACUACAGGUUUUCGAGAACUUUCCCUUGAUGUGAACUGAAGAUUGUACUGCUCCCCAACAUGUCACAUACACAUGCACACAGUUACACACUGAUUACAAAGUGUGUGUGCAUGAUCAUCACACAACUCUUUGCCUCUGGACAUGCAGAAGAAAUGACAAAAGAUGGAACACAGAACCGUUCUCUGGUAUCCAUCCACUACCUUGCCAGUUUACCUACUCUCCGGGAUAUCAUAGUGAAAGAGGGAGCCAGCACUCUGAUUGAGUGCAAUGUCACUGGAAAGCCAGAUGCCAUUCAGUGGUACAAUUCCAAAGGGCACGUUCUGGAUGCGGAAGAGGGAGGUGGGAAAUGGCUGAUUCAGGACAAGGGCGUUUUAAAUAUCACAACGGUCAGUUUUGAAGACCGAGGCCGAUACACCUGCAUAGCCUCCAGCUCGGCAGGGACCUCCAACUACACCAUCACCUUACGGGUGGCCUACGUCCACAGCGGCCUGGGCCUGUACUACGUCAUUGUGUGUCUCAUCGCCUUCACCAUCACCAUGAUCCUCAAUGUCACGCGCCUCUGCAUGGUCAGCAGUCACCUGAAGAAGACGGAGAAGGCCAUCAACGAGUUCUUCCGCACCGAGGGAGCUGAGAAGCUCCAGAAGGCCUACGAGAUAGCCAAGCGCAUCCCCAUCAUCACCUCAGCCAAGACCAUGGAGUGGGCCAAGGUCACCCAGCUCAAGACCAUGGAGUUUGCCCGCCACAUGGAGGAGCUGGCCCGCAGUGUGCCACUUCCCCAGACCAUACUCAGUUGCAGGGCCUUUGUGGAGGAGGUUAUGGAGACGGUGCACACCUCGGUGGGGGCGACAAGCCUCCAGAAAGCUAUAGAGCCAGCCAACCCAGAGGGGAGAGGUAAAACCUGUGAGGUCCAGAUGUCAGCAGAGCAGCAGGGCCUAGCAGCACAUGGCAGAGAGGAUGUUGAUGGUACCAUUGAAAACAGCCUGGACAUUGAGGUGUCUGUACACCCUAUGUCCAAGUGUGAGGAUGAGAAGUGGGCUGAAGGGGAUGAGGUGUCUGUACACAUGCUGGGGCUCCAGUGGGAGUGUGGCUUAUGAAAUUUGCAUUUAGUCGUGCCAGUCAGGUCUUUACAACUAAUAUUUUCCAGUUAAUUGAGAGGUCAAAAGCAAAGGGCUGCUCAGAUGGCAACCACAGAUGGUGGGAGUUGAGAGGUAUUUUGUGUUGAGGAUGCUACUGCCUCUAUUUCAUAGAGAAAAUACACUGGUGGAACCUAAAGAUGUUUCAGAGUUGAGAUAGGCCUUGUGGUUACUUCCCUACCUGAUAGCAGUGGUAUUUGAUAGCUAUGAUGAGAGGAUUGUGUUUGGUUUUUACAUCUUUAUUUACUUCACUACUUGCCUCAGUUUAAAGGAAGGAUUGAUUUGGUUGUUUGCUUGUAACUCAACAAAUUAGAAGAAAUAAGAAACCUGCACACUGCUCUUGCUAGUAUCACUGCUCUUUAUUAAGCUUUAUGUAUCAGCCUCCAAAAAGCUCUGACGAAGGCCUUGAGGCCGAUAUGUAAAGCUUAAUAAAGAGCAGUGAUACUAAUGAGUAGUGUGCGGGAUUCUUCUUUUUUCUCAUCUUAUUCAACCACGCACCUGCAACAGAGAUGGCUCAGAUGUGCGAGUGCCUUUUUGAAUUUUGUAUCUUAACAAAUAACAUGUUGUUAUUUUUAAAAUCACUUGGAAUAUGGGUUGCACAAGGCAAUCUAGCAAAUUAAGUACAAUUUUACUUGGGGUAAUCAGUGGUAUAAAGUACUUAAUUAAAAACUACUUAAGUACUACUUAAGUAGUUUUUUGGGGUAUCUGUACUUUACUAUUUAUACUUUUAAAAACUUUUACUUCACUACAUUCCUAAAGAGAAUUAUGUACUUUUUACUCCAUAUGUUUUCCCUGACACCCAAAAGUACUCGUUAUGUUUUGAAUGCUUAGCAGGACAGGAAAAUUGUCUAAUUCACACACUUAUCAAGAGAGCAUACCCGGUCAUCCCUACUGUCUCUGAUCUGGCGGACUCUCAAAGCACAUGCUUCGUUUGUAAAUUAUGUCUGAGUGUUGGUGCGUAAUAUAAGGAAUUUGAAAUUAUUCAUACUUUUACUUUUUAUACUCAAGUAUAUUUUAGCAAUAACAUUUCCUUUUGAUACUUAAGUAUAUUUAAAACCAAAUACUUUUAGACUUUUAUUCAAGUAGGAUUUGACUGGGUGACUUUCACUUUUACUUGAGUCUCAGGUAUAAUUUACUCAAGUAUGACAAUUGGGUACUUUUUCCAACACUUGGUGUAAUUCUGCUAUCUCUCCAGUUGGUGGGGGUGUUGCACAACUUUUACAGAGCCAACUGUUUGGUCUCUGAGGUAGAACAAUAAAAAUAUUACUUUGUCAGUUUAAUGGUUAUAUUGGAUAACUAUAGGGCCAGUUGAUACUAAGGUUGAAUAAACAUCUCAUUAUCUCUCAUGAGUCACACCUAAUGACAUGUGCUCUACAUACAUGCAUCCUACUUGUCUACCUGUAAAACAGGUUUGUAUUAUAGAAAUGACUAUACAUUGUUAAAAUUAACUUAGAAUAUAUUCAGGUUAAAUGGCAGUCACACUGUAACUUACUUGGCUUCAGUGAAGUAAACUGUGAUCACUAUGGGGACAAACUAGUACAGGGACAGACACAGUGUGAUGCUCUUCCUACCUCUUCUUUCUUCAGUGUGUGUUUGAGGGCUGAUUCAUUGAAUUUUACCAAAAAUGGGUAAUAUGCUAAAGACAUAAUUCCUACAUCAGCCUCAAGUAUAGAACAAAGUAUGAGUUGGCUGAAUGAAUAGUGCUUCUCUGGCACUCUUAUCUUACUGAAGGACUUUGAACAAUUGCACUUCAACAGUGGAAGAUUAGCUCAAUUUCUCACUGCUGUUGGUCCAAAGGUGUGUGCUUGUGUGUUUUGGGGUGUGUGUUUGCGUGUUUACCUACUGUGAUUCAUUGGCCCAGUCCAAAACAAUUGAUUAUUAUCGGGGUGAAAAUAUUGGGUGCCAACUCAUUAUAACCUGCUUUUUAAUGUUUGGAAUUGUAGACCUUGAAGUCUAACUUGCAGAGCUCACAAAUGAAGUGUUUAAAAAUAGUAAUAAAUAUGUCUAAAAACACUGAGAUUUUUUUACUUCCUUUGCAAAUCACAGAAACUUCUGAGUAAAGAUUGGCUGCCAGCAUCAUUGUAAUGAACCCCAGCAUCAUUGUAAUGAACCCCAGCAUCAUUGUAAUGAACCCCAGCAGUGCUUUACCCAUGUGUUAUUUAUUCAGGCAUCGAACAAUGCAAUAAUAUAUAAUCUAGUGAUUAUUCUGGGUACGGGUGACAGGAAUGGAAUGGAAAUCCUCUGACUUCAGCAGACGGAAUGGAUAAUAAUCUCAUAUGUUGAUAUUAACUGCUUAAGUUUUGAGAAAGAGAGAGAUGUUUUGAGAAAGAGAUGUGAGUAGAAAAAGCCCUGAAGCUAUUUCUUUCCUCCCAAUGAACUCUGACAUCUGAGCCUUGAACAGCUUCAACAAAAUCUUUAUAACUGUUUGGUCUGGACCAUUCCAGCUGUCAAUCCAUUUGAAACAGUCGGUUUUGUGUGGGGUGACUGACCUCACAGCCAUUUCUAAAACAUUAUGCACUUCGCCUACACUAGUUUCUGUCUGCAAAUUGCUACCAAUUCUCUGGAUUUAUAUGAGAGAUGAACAUCAGACAGCAUGAAAGGGAAAAAGAGAUACGAGCCUGAAACUGAAAUUAACCCAAAAUAAUUUAAUUGAAUCCUGCCAUGAUUGAAAAAACCUCCCUUUUUUCCCCCUGCGAUGGCUUUUAUCUAACUCUUAUCAGGAAUAUACUGUAUUUGCGAAAAUAGGUCACGAUAAAGAGCAGCGUAUUAGCACAUGACUGAACCAGCCUAAUAGAAGCAUUAUAGUCAUAUGUACCAGCCAAGAGACAAGACGCAUGUUAUCACACCAGGCCUUGUAAGACUAAUAGAAUGGAAGCCAAUCCAGUAAUCCAGUAGUUCUCCUCUGUAUGGAACCAGAGGGUUGAGUUCCUCACACAAUAUCUGAAAAACAAAGCAAAAUGUUAUUUUGUCAUCUUAAGAGUCCUGCCGUUGUUCUGUGUGUAAGACAGAGGCAAUUAGCAAUGAUACAAUGGUGUAUUGUUCAUUAAAGGCUUUCUGUUCACAA